GUUUCUCGGAUUCUCGGAGUACAGCUUGUCCCUCCCUCCGUUUCUCUCCCAGUAUCAUUGAAUAGCUGGCAUUCCUCACGUGAGAAGUUGAUGUAUAGUUUGACCACGUGGCUCAUUCAGCCGGAAUAUUCGGGGAUUUUUUGGAGCUGCAUUUUAUUCAGAGGCGGUGCUAGUAGUAACGUAGUGUGACAUUUUCACAGCCUGUUUGCGAAAGGGGUUUUGGGGGAAAGACAAAAAAAAUAGUUUUUUUCUCUCUCCGAAGCCCGCCAUUCUAGACUGCUAAUACUACUUCUGGGGAUUUAUUUUAUCAUCGCGUGUUUUUUUUUGUAAGGACUCUUCUCGUUCCCAUCUUUAUAUUUAAAUCGACCGAUUAUUUCUCCAAAGGGAAGAUAAAGACGGAAAGAUCUUUGUCUUUUUUUGCAGUUUUAGCAACAUGAACAAGCUGUAUAUUGGGAAUCUCACCGAAAACGUAACCACUGUGGACUUGGAAAGUCUUUUCAAGGAAUGGAAGAUCCCCUUCACUGGACAGUUUCUGGUGAAAUCUGGUUAUGCAUUUGUCGAUUGCCCAGAUGAUAACUGUGCUAUGAAGGCUAUAGAUACUCUGUCAGGUAAAGUGGAGCUGCAUGGAAAAUCUAUAGAAGUGGAGCACUCCGUUCCUAAACGACAAAGGAGUCGAAAACUUCAAAUCAGGAACAUACCCCCUCAUUUGCAGUGGGAGGUUUUGGAUAGUUUGUUAGCUCAAUAUGGUUCAGUCGAGAACUGCGAACAAGUAAACACGGAAACAGAGACUGCAGUAGUAAAUGUUACGUACUCUACCAAGGAACAUGCGAGGCAGGCAAUUGAAAAACUUAAUGGUUAUAUGUUGGAGAAUUGCGCACUUAAAGUAACCUACAUCCCUGAUGAGCUGGCUGGUCAACAGAGCUCACAACAGCCAACCUCUCAAACACGGCGUGGUUUUGGACAACGAGGUCCACCUCGGCAAGGGUCUCCUAAUGGUACAGUUAGACCAAAACAGCAGCAGUCUGAUGUUCCUUUGAGAAUCAUGGUUCCCACUCAGUUUGUAGGUGCCAUCAUUGGGAAGGAGGGAGCAACAAUCAGGAAUAUCACAAAACAAACACAGUCAAAGAUUGAUAUUCAUCGCAAAGAUAAUGCAGGUGCUGCUGAGAAACCAAUAAGUAUUCAUUCAACACCAGAGGGCUGUUCAGCUGCUUGCAAGAUGAUAAUGGAAAUCAUGCAGAAAGAAGCUCAGGAUACAAAAUUCACAGAAGAAAUACCUUUAAAAAUUCUAGCACAUAACAACUUUGUUGGACGACUCAUUGGGAAAGAAGGAAGAAACCUGAAAAAAAUUGAACAAGAUACUGACACUAAAAUCACAAUUUCUCCGUUGCAAGACUUAACACUUUAUAAUCCAGAAAGAACCAUUACAAUAAAAAGCAGUAUUGAAGCAUCUUCCAAAGCUGAAGAAGAAAUUAUGAAGAAAAUUAGAGAAUCUUAUGAUAAUGAUAUGGCUGCUAUGAAUCUUCAAGCACAUUUAAUCCCUGGCCUAAACCUGAAAGCCCUAGGCUUGUUUCCUCAAUCUUCACCUGUACUGCCACCGCCUUCUGUGCCUCCUGCUUACACCCCAUUUGGGCAGCAGUCAGAAUCAGAAACAGUUCAUGUCUUCAUCCCUGCCCUGGCUGUAGGUGCAAUUAUUGGAAAGAAAGGGCAACACAUCAAACAACUCUCUCGCUAUGCAGAAGCUUCCAUUAAGAUUGCUCCUGCAGAGAGUCCAGAUGCUAAACAGCGAAUGGUGAUCAUCACAGGGCAGCCUGAAGCUCAGUUCAAGGCUCAAGGAAGAAUCUAUAAUAAACUGAAAGAGGAAAACUUCUUUGGACCCAAAGAAGAGGUUAAAUUAGAGACCCAUAUCAAAGUGCCGUCCCAUGCUGCUGGUAGAGUAAUUGGGAAAGGAGGCAAAACAGUAAAUGAACUACAGAACCUGACAAGUGCAGAGGUGGUAGUACCUCGUGAUCAAACGCCAGAUGAAAAUGAUCAGGUUAUUGUGAAAAUAACUGGUCACUUCUUUGCAAGUCAGCUUGCUCAGCGAAAAAUUCAAGAAAUUUUGUCCCAAGUAAGAAGACAACAACAGAAAACAGCGCAGAGUGGACAGCCCCAACCACGAAGAAAGUAAAAGGUUCAGGAUCUGCAAUCUACCACAGAGACAGAUGCCAGACCAAAGAGAGAGAGAGACUGUGUAAUCAGGGCAGUUAAACCUGUCACUGAUAAAGAAGCAAAUGUUCCAUCUUCCCAGUCACCUUUUAUUGAGGACUAGGCAACCUAUGAACUCUGUCUUUUGUGCGAAUGUAUUCUUUACGCGUUCAAAAAACCUUGUGAAACCCAGCUUUAAAUAAGGCCCUUUCACUUCCCUUCUUUUGUUCGAAUUCAAAACUUUACAUUGCCUUGUUAGCUUUCCCAAAAUUCUUAGACCUGUUGGGUUUAAUGAAGCUUUCUCUUCUGAUUUUUCACUGGUUACAAAAAGGCAUUGCUCUUAUAGUUCAAAUCAUUAUAAAACCCUUGAGAUUUUUUUUUUGGGGGAGGGACUAGGGGAGUUGGCAAGAUUGAGGCAUCUGUCCCAACAUGCAAAAUGGCUUUUUUAAAUUGGGUUGUUUUACAAAGAUUACUAGAACACUGCCAUUAGAACCUAAGGGAAGUGUUGAAUGGUGUUGGCCAAGGCAUGAAUUGAUUAUGCAUUUUACUAAACUACCUCAGGCAUUUAGUACCUCAAUUGUUCCUUUUUUCUGCUUAUUUUGUAUACUUUAUAAAAGUAAUAGUCAAGCAUUUUAUUUUUUUAAAAAAAAAGUAAAAUUUGAUCAGCUAAAAGCCAGGAGCACUACAGACAAAAGUAUCAAUGUAAAUGUGUUGCUUCUAGCUGCUGGCUGAUGGGAG